AUGGCCUUUCCCCUGUACAACAAGCAGGAGCUGCUGGAGUCGCCCAGCCAGGAGGACGGCCUGGACGCGGCGGUGCAGAAGCGCCUGCGCAACAGCUAUUGCGACCUGAUCCAGGGCGCGGGCGCGGAGCUGAAGCUGCCACAGUACGUGGUGGCGUGCGCCAUCUUCCUGUGCCACCACUUCUUCGCGGUGAAGUCGAUGAGGCGGAACGACCGGUUCCUGGUGGCCACGGCGUGCCUGUACCUCGGCUCCAAGAUGGAGGACCGCCCAAAGAAUGUCAAGGAUGUCAUCACUGCCUGCUUCGUGAAGCGCUUUGGGUCGGACUCUGAGCGUGUCCGGCGGCUGAAGGACGCAGAGCACAUGCAGGCAGUGCGGGAAAUGGUGUUUGACGCAGAGAAAGUGGUCCUCCUGGAAACGGGCUUCAAUUUCAUUGUGGACCUGCCCUACCACCAUGCCCUCACCUUUCUUGAUUCGCUGCCCCUGGACAGGGUCAGCGACGAGCAGAAGUUGAAGCUGACACAGACAGUGUGGGACCUGAUCAAUGACAGCCUGAGGACAACGCUCCUGUUGGAGUAUUCUCCAGCGGCCAUCGCUGCAGGUAUGGUUGGCCUGGCAGUGACGGUGUCCAAGGAGAUGUGUGACACAGGGGCGAUCUGGGAAGACGUCAAGGAGGGCCACACUGUGGAAAAAGACAUACGGAAACAGAUGCUGGACCUUUACGACUUAUCGUCUGGCAGGGCCAGGGGGAGCGAGGUCAGCAGGGACCACUCACAAAACUACAUGGACCACUCGCAGAACUAUGCGGAGCAGUCGCAGAGCCAGACUCGGCCGUCUUGGAACGACGAUCUGGACAGAUCGUAG